GGUGCCAGAUGAGAUGUCGUGGCCUAUGUUAAGCCAUGUAUACAAUAGAAAAGAAAAGUAAUGUCGUGGCCUAUAAAUCCAGUCCUCCUUAAUUCAUUUGUUAACUUGAUAGUCCUCCUGCUUCUUUAACCAACAAAGAAAAUUCAGGAAACUAAAAAGGAGUUGCAGUAAGGGAAAGAAACUGUUUGUCAGGAGAUGCUUGAAUCAACAAAACCGAGGAUGACUAGCAGCUUGGCUUCUCUAGCUUCUACGUCCGAGGAUGACUUUGUAGAGCUAGUAUGGGAAAAUGGUGAGAUUCUUAAGCGAGAUCGAUCAGGAAAGACUCAAAAGGGUCAUUCAUGCACUGGGUGUAAUUUAUUCCCUUCCAAUGCUCAGGUGGAGAAUAGAGCAAACGUGCAUAUGAAGAGAGCAAGGUCAGGGAAUGAGUCCUCAUUCUCAGAUUUCUUAGGUCACAAGAAUGGUGACUUGGACUUUACCAAUAACAAUUCUUCACAAAAUGGUUAUCAUCUUGACUCAUUCAGCGGAUUGUAUAAAUGCAAAUUGGAACAAAAUAACAGUAAGAGCAAAGACAAGCACCCCAAAGAUUCCCAAGUUGUUCUGAAACACGACACUGCAAAUUUCAGACAUAGUAAUGCAUCUGAGUUUGUACUGAGGAAUUCCAAGCUUGCUACCUCCAGGAGUACUCAGCUUCAUCCACAUUCCUUGUUUUGCCAAGAAUCAGAUUCACUUGUAACAAUGGGUGGACUGCUCACAUCGACCUUGCCUGAGCAUGAUUCACUACCUGAUAAGAAAACUGGGACAGUGAAUGUCUCCUACUUAAGACCUGCAGCUCUUCCUACAGUUAAUAGUCAGUACAGCAGUGUGUUCAGGCAGGCAAGCAGUCUGGUUUUAUCAAGAGCUGAGGAAUUGAAAGGCAGCAAUGAUGAGAGGCCUGCUCUAUUUAGUAGCAACCCCUUUGAGUCAACAGUGAUUGAACUAGGCAGUGGUUCAAAAACAGGUCUUCAGAAUCAACCAGAUGCAGAGCUAACAGCACCUAUUUCCAAGACCAAGGAGUCACUCCCUGAUGAGCACUCUGAAGCUUUUGGCCGUAGGAAUCAUAAAUCUCAUGACCAACUUCUAGGCCAAGCCUCAAGGUUAGCAGCAAAUACACCUGGCGAAAAACCCAAUAUCCAACAGUUUAUUGAGCCACUGGUUGCAUCUUCUUCAAUAUACUCACUUGGAGCUUCAAAUGAGCCAACAUAUUCUUUGAGGAGGACAUAUGAUGACACUGAGGAAUCCGCAUAUCGAAGUGAAGUAAUUAGAAAGAAUAUUGAAGAACCACAGACAAAACAGGCACCUGCUCGUGGAGGUACAGGUACCAAGAGAAGCCGAACUACAGAAGUUCAUAAUUUUUCUGAAAGGAGGCGAAGAGAUAAAAUAAACAAAAAGAUGCGUGCAUUAAAAGAGAUCAUACCCAAUUGCAGUAAGGUGGGCAGAGUUUCAAUUCUUGACGAGGCCAUUGAGUAUACGAAAACCCUUCAGCUUCAACUAAAGAUUAUGUCAAUGGGGGCUGUUGUUUGUAUGCCUCCGAUGAUGUCACCUAUGCUGAUGCAACAUAUCAAUGCACCACAUUUCUCCCCCAUGGGUGCUGGGAUGGGUAUGAGAAUGGGCACCAGAAUGGGUUUCAGCCCGACACAGUUCCCUACUUCACAAGUAGGAGCCACUGCUCUGCCUGGGAUCACAGGAACUGGUUUUCAAAUGCUUGGAAUUCCUGGCCAACCAUUUCCCAUGUCAGUUUCACAUGCACCCUUCAUUCCUUUGAUUGGUGGACCCUCUACACAAUCAUUUCCAGCAUCUGGUAUCUCUGGAGCUGCCCCCCCUGUGGAGUGUGCUUCCCUAACAAGUUCAAAGGAUUACAUUCAUAACAUAAACUCAGAAUUGAUGAACAAUGCAAACACUGAAUGCUCAAAGAUCCAAACAUCAAGUCAGCUUGCCGCAACAAGUGUCCAAAAAAUCAUUUAUUGAAGAAGAGGAUGAAGAUAAGGGCCAUUCAAGAACAACCUUCAGUUUACUUGCAUUUUCUUAGUCAAGCCAAUCAUACAAAUGGUUCCUUAUGGUUGUGUGCCCUGAGGCACAGCGGAUUCCUUGAUGAUGACUAUUCAUACAGAGGGAACAAGGUCAUCAAGCUAUAUGAAUUUUAUCGGAUGGUUCCAAAGACGUAGGGCACUUUAACCACUCAUGACACAGGUUGUUUUCAGUUGAAACAAUGCUGGAAUGGUAACAAAUAUUUUUCAAAAGCAUGUGUUACAACUUGGAUUUGGCAAUUCUUUCCAAGAGGUUAUUGCUCAUUGACACCAUUACCAUGGGAUUGCAACCUUCCCUUCACUGCAGUGAAGAAAAUAUCCAAAGGUUUCAUGCCAACAUGAGAGCAUUUCGGAAUCGACACAAUAAACCUUUGAAGUACUUACCAGAAAGGCUUGCAGUGAGCAUAAAAGAGAUCACUUUUGCGAUAAUUCACGCGGAGGCAGCUUUUAUGCCCAUAAACAUUUCUGUAAAUGAACAAAAACUUGAAUGUAUUUUGCUUCAUUUGUUUUUGAAAGCUAGGUUUCUCUAAUAUAGUUGUAUUUGAUUGGUCCAGUAAAGAAUUUUGCUGAGAGGACAGAUAUACUUGCCUGUACCUCAUCAACACAGAAAGAAAAAUUAGGCAUCUCUGUCAUUCCACCUGUGCCAAAAGUUGAGUCCAUCUCAUAUACUUGUAAUUAGGUGCUCUAAUAGUUUUUGCUCUGCAGCUUCAUUCUCAAAUAUAUUGUGUUCAGCGAGAGCCCUUUUUUUUACUAAUGGCAAUUGCAAAAAUGAGAUGUCACCCAAUAUCAAGAUUGGUUAGCUCAUUAACAUCCAUUGCAAGAUCAUGGGAGAAGGAACUUGGAUCUGCCACAUAUCGUUCGUCCUUCAUCUCCAACAAUAAACUCUUUAGAAUCUCUUGGAUUUUAAUUACCUGUGGAUGCAUUAUAUUUAUGCCCCUUGCAUGAAAAAUGUGAUUAAUACCACCUACCUGAAUCCAGUUACUUCCAGGUUUCUUUAUUUAGCCCUUCUCUUUUAUUAAUGUUCUUAGCUUCGACACAUCUUUCCAUCUCUUAGUAGAGGCAUAUAUAUUGGCUAAAAGAACAUGGUAGCCUGAAUCUUUCAGAUUUUUAUGGAGAAUGUGCUUCCCAACAAGCUCCACGUUGUUAUGAACUCUACAAGCACCAAGCAAGCUUCCCAAAACAUUUAUGUCUGGUUCCACUGGCAUCAUCUAUAUUUAUAUAUUUCUAAAAGAUGAAGCGUAGUAUUUAAUGUUGUUACGCUCACAUUGAGUCACAUAAGCAGUCACGUCAUUCCCAUCAUCUUUUCUGAAUUUUUAAUUUAAUUUUAAAAUAGAUUUUACCAAUUUUAAAAUACUAAUAAAAAUAAAAUUAUUUCUAGCCCUAUCUCUACUUUAAAGUCCACUUCUUAUACAUUUAAUUCCACUAUAAAGCCCAAGCCCACACUCAAAGCCUUUUCAACUAAAUCCCUGAUGUUUUUUCAUGGUUACAACUUCCUGUCUCCCAGUCCCACGUUUUGUUUCAUUGUUUCAGGUUUAGUCCCUUCCCCUUCCCCACUUUUUGAUUCUCACGGUUUCAACUUAUGUUCUACGAUUUCAGCUUCUGUUUUGGCUUCUAACGGCAACCUCUCUGUCUUCCUUCCUUCCCCUACUCACAUCUAUAUAAAUACUGAAGUAAGUGGGGUGGUUUAGUUGAGGUAUCCCUACAUUCCAAUUUCUUUUGUGCUCUGUUCUUUUGCUUGAUGGUUAUGAUUUUCUAGCUAUAUUGAAUCUAUAUAUUAAAUCUGUCACCUUUUACUAUUUUGUGCUGUGCUCUAUUCUUUUGUUUGAUGGUUGUUGUUGUUUUUUUUUUUUAGCUAUAUAUAAUAUAUUAAAUCUGUCAUCUUCUUAUUAAUCUUAUUUUUCCACUUGUUGGUUGGUUUCUCACUGUCCCAAAAAGCCAACAGUAUGAUUUUGAAUUCUAGAUUCUAUAUUUUAUUAUGCGAAUUGGAAGGUUUAACAUCAAUUAAGACAGAUAUCAUGUGCUUUCUUAUGAUAUAAAAGCCAUGGAAGAGUUGGGUUUUUGGCUUUACAUUGUUCAUGGAAUUGUUUAAUUAGUUUUGUAGUUUCGUACAUUUGAUAGUCUUCAAUUUGUUUGUUCUGUCUAUUUGUUAUGUUAUUGUAGUUGUUUGUUGUGUUAUAGGAACUGUUCAAUGUGUAAAUAAAUUGUAUAUUUCUGUUUUAAACUAUUAAUUUCUUUUAUUUAUAACAACAAUUGUUAAUAUCUUAGACAUUGAUACAUGAGGUGUGGAUUUCUGACUUGGCUUUGAUUGUUUGAACUAUUUGAUGUGCUCAUCCCACACUUAGGAUUGUUCAUUAUCGGUUUUAUGGUACAUUCUAAUGUUGAAAUUUUGUGCACACCAUGUGUUUGACAAAAUGUAUUACUUACUCUUGCAUUAGUUUAUAUCCACUUCAUGGUUUGUGCCUGUUGGUUUUAGUUGCCAUUGGUCAUUGCAUUUUUUCUAAUGUGCAUUUAGGCAUACUAUGUCAUCAACAUAAGUGGCAAUUUAGUACUAUGUACACUAGAACUUUCCAUCAUCAAAACCCAAGUUGCAACAUUAGAAAAUUUAAUAAUCUUCUUAAAUAGGAAUGAAUUAUGGACUAUACCUUCUUUAUUAAUAUAUGUAUAUAACUAAAUAGCUACAACUUUAAAUUUGAUUGAGAUCAUCUAGAUAGACAUGUUUUAUAAAUUAAUUGUGGUAAAGUGAAACAAAAAAUUACAUCUAAUUAUAUGUAGCCAUUCUUGGACCUCAUACUCCUAUUAAUGGCCUGCAUCUUUCCUAAAUAUCUAAGUCAAGUCAAUUACAUUUCAAAUGUAUGCAAUUCAUAUCACUUCCUGGUGGUAGUUUCUUAUUUGAUGUGUUGUUUAAGAAAAUAGGGCAAUGAUUAGUGAAGGAAAAGACAAUUCAAUUUUGGUUAGUGGAGAUAGAGAUGCUGGUAAAAUUGAGACAACAAAGAUGCUCAUGAGAUAUCUUGCACACUUAGGCGGGCAAUCUGGAGUAGAAGGACGCACAGUUGGAUUUCAAAUUUUCCCAAAUGAGUAUAUGCUUGGCAUAUUAUCAAAAGAAUUAAGUAAGAAGCAAGGUUAAUGUCCACAUUGACCUUUAAUAUCACAGUCCAACCCAGUUCUUAAGGCCUUUGGCAAUGCCAAAACAAUUCAAAACAACAACUCAAGGUUUUUAUUAGUUUUCCGUGGUUUGCUUUUCAAUGAAGACUAUCUUUACACUUUUAUUUCUUUCAUUUCAAUUAUACAUACUGCAUAUAUAUUUCUUGAUUAUGCAUAUGUUUUAGGUAUCUCUGUUUGAACUUCUCAUUAUAAUGUCUCUUUCACGUCAUAGUGACAUUAUUAUGUAGAUAUAGUUGGGUAGAAAUUAGAACGAAUCUGCUAGAAAGUUCACCUGUUUGCUAGAUUACCAAUUCAGAAAGAAAAUACCAUUGCUUUUACCUCCUAUGUGCCACACCACUUGAGGUAUUUUACAAUAUUCUGCUCAUUAAUUUGUCUCUUUAUAUAUGUCAUUUUAAAUAUAAGUUCUAUUUCAAGUUAUUUAUUUAUUUGUUUUUUUAAAUUUGCUCGCAUUUUCUUUUUAUUAGGGAGGAUUUGAUAUGAUCUGCAGUGGGAGAGACAAGAUUGAAACUCUAGAGCAUUUAAGCAAGCAGAAGAAACAGCAUUGAAGCUUGAUUUGGACAGGCGUUAAUAUGUUUUUACUUAUGUAGUGAGCCACAUCAAGUGUAGUUUCUACUCAUUAUAAUGUCUAUCAAUAUUGUAUGCAUUGUUUGAGGACUCAGGCUAUAUUGUAAAGCUGUUUGUACCAUAAAAUUGUUCAUUUCCCUGCCUUUGUAUUGAUUAAUAACAGCAGCUAGAUAGAUGUGUGGCCUAGCAAAAUGCCACAUGUUGAAAUUAUCAUUUCUUUAAACUUUAAAGUUCACCUGUUAAGGCAACAUGGAGCAGUUGUAAGUUAUUAAUGAAAAGAGGAUAUGGAUGCACUGA